CCCAGCUGUGUGUCCAUGAAGAGUGACAGGUCAAAGGGUCACCCCAUGAAUUUCAAAGGGCAGCCUCCCUCUGCUGCAAAGAAAGUGGACCAGGAGAGCUCAGAGGUUCCCAGUGCUCAGUCUGCCCAGCAGCAUCAAACACACCUGGACUCCAUAUUUAUGCUGCUGGAGGACAACAUUGUCACCUUUGUGAAGAAGGAGCUGAAGAACAUCCAGAAGGUUGUGAGUCCAGAUUACCCACAAUGCUCAGAGAGUCAGAGGGAGGAUGAGGAGGUGUUGGACGCUGAGGAUGAAGAGCAGAGGAGGAGCAGCAGAGAGGCUUUUGUGAAGAUCACAGUGAACUUCCUGAGGAGAAUGAAGCAGAAGGAGCUGGCUGACUGUCUGCACAGCAGACAUGUUGCUCCAGUUUGUCAACGUAAACUUAAAUCUACUCUGAAGAAGAAGUUCCAGUGUGUGUUUGAGGGGAUCUCUAAAGCAGGAAACCCAACCCUUCUGAAUCAGAUCUACACAGAGCUCUACAUCACAGAGGGAGGGACUGGAGAGGUCAAUGAUGAACAUGAGGUCAGACAGAUAGAAACAGCAUCCAGGAAACCAGCCAGACCAGAAACAAGCAUCAGACAAAAAGACAUCUUUAAAGCCUCACCUGGAAGAGACGGACCAAUCAGAACAGUGAUGACAAAGGGAGUGGCUGGCAUUGGGAAAACAGUCUUAACACAGAAGUUGACUCUGGACUGGGCUGAAGACAAAGCCAACCAGGACAUACACUUCACAUUUCCAUUCACGUUCAGAGAGCUGAAUGUGCUGAAAGAGAAAAAGUUCAGCUUGGUGGAACUUGUUCAUCACUUCUUUACUGAAACCAAAGAAGCAGGACUCUGCAGGUUUGAAGAGCUCCAGGUUCUGUUCAUCUUUGACGGUCUGGAUGAGUGUCGACUUCCUCUGGACUUCCACAACACUGAGAUCCUGACUGAUGUUACAGAGUCCACCUCAGUGGAUGUGCUGCUGACAAACCUCAUCAGGGGGAAACUGCUUCCCUCUGCUCGCCUCUGGAUAACCACACGACCUGCAGCAGCCAAUCAGAUCCCUCCUGAGUGUGUUGACAUGGUGACAGAGGUCAGAGGGUUCACUGACCCACAGAAGGAGGAAUACUUCAGGAAGAGGUUCAGAGAGGAGGAGCGGGUCAGAAGGAUCAUCUCCCACAUCAAGACUUCACGAAGCCUCCACAUCAUGUGCCACAUCCCAGUCUUCUGCUGGAUCACUGCUACAGUUCUGGAGGAUGUGUUGGAAACCAGAGAGGGAGGAGGGCUGCCCAAGACCCUGACUGAGAUGUACAUCCACUUCCUGGUGGUUCAGUCCAAACUGAAGAAUGUUAAGUAUGAUGGAGGAGCUGAGACAGAUCCACACUGGAGUCCAGAGACCAGGAAGAUGAUUGAGUCUCUGGGAAAACUGGCUUUUGAGCAGCUGCAGAAAGGAAACCUGAUCUUCUAUGAAUCAGACCUGACAGAGUGUGGCAUCGAUAUCAGAGCAGCCUCAGUGUACUCAGGAGUGUUCACACAGGUCUUUAAAGAGGAGAGAGGACUGUACCAGGACAGGGUGUUCUGCUUCGUCCAUCUGAGUCUUCAGGAGUUUCUGGCUGCUCUUUAUGUCCAUCUGACCUUCAUCAACUCUGGAGUCAAUCUGCUGUCAGAAGAACAAUCAACCUCCAACUGGUCUAAACUGUUCAGAGACAAACCUGAUCCAAAGCAGCUCUACCAGAGGGCUGUGGACAAGGCCUUACAGAGUCCAAAUGGACACCUGGACUUGUUCCUCCGCUUCCUCCUGGGUCUUUCACUGCAGACCAAUCAGACUCUCCUACGAGGUCUGCUGACACAGACAGGAAGUGGCUCACAGACCAAUCAGCAAACAGUCCAGUACAUCAAGAAGAAGACUGAAGAAACUCCCUCUGCAGAGCAAAGCAUCAAUCUGUUCCACUGUCUGAAUGAAAUGAAUGAUUGUUCUCUUUUGGAGCAGAUCCAACAGUCCCUGAGUUCAGGACGUCUCUCCACAGAUGAACUGUCUCCCGCUCAAUGGUCAGCUCUGGUCUUCAUCUUACUGUCAUCAGAAAAAGAUCUGGACGUGUUUGAGCUGAAGAAAUACUCUGCUUCAGAGGAGGCUCUGCUGAAGCUGCUGCCAGUUGUCAAAGCCUCUAACAAAGCUCUACUGAGCAGCUGUAACCUCUCAGAGAGAAGCUGUGAAGCUCUGUCCUCAGUUCUCAGCUCCCAGUCCUCUAGUCUGAGACACCUGGACCUGAGUAACAAUGACCUGCAGGAUUCCGGAGUGAAGCUUCUGUCUGCUGGACUGAAGAGUCCACACUGUACCCUGGAGACUCUCAGACUGAGCAGCUGUAACCUCUCAGAGAGAAGCUGUGAAGCUCUGUCCUCUGUUCUCAGCUCCCAGUCCUCUAGUCUGAGACACCUGGAUCUGAGUAACAACAAGCUGCAGAAUUCAGGGGUGAAGCUUCUGUCUGUUGGACUGAAGAGUCCACACUGUACCCUGGAGACUCUCAGACUGAGCAGCUGUAACCUCUCAGAGAGAAGCUGUGAAGCUCUGUCCUCAGUUCUCAGCUCCCAGUCCUCAAGUCUGAGACACCUGGACCUAAAUAACAACGACCUGAAGGAUUCAGGAGUAAAGCCACUGUCUGCUGGACUGAAGAGUCCACACUGUACACUAGAGACCCUCAGGCUGUCAGGAUGUCUGAUCACAGAGGAAGGCUGUACUUCUCUGGCCUCAGCUCUGAGCUCCAACCCCUCCCAUCUGAGAGAGCUGGACCUGAGCUACAAUCAUCCAGGAGACUCAGGAGUGAAGCUGCUGUCUGCUGGACUGAAGGAUCCACACUGGAGACUGGACACCCUCAGGGUGGAGCCUGGUGGAGUCCGAUGGUUGAGACCAGGUCUGAGGAAGUAUUUCUGUGAACUCACCAUCAACACUAACACAGUAAACAGAAACCUCAAACUGUCUGACAACAACAGGAAGGUGACACACGUGGGGGAUUAUCAGUCAUAUCCUGAUCAUCAAGACAGAUUUGAUCAGUGUCCUCAGCUGCUGUGUAGCAAUGGUCUGACUGGUCGCUGUUACUGGGAGGUUGAGUGGAGAGGAAGGGUUCAUAUAUCAGUGAGUUACAGAGGAAUCAGAAGGAAAGGAGACAGAGAAAACUGUUUGUUUGGAGAGAACGACCAGUCCUGGAGUCUGAGCUGCUGUGAUGGUCUUUACAUUGCUUGUCACAAUAAUAGAAAGACUCUCUCCUUCUCUUUAUCAUCUUCCUCUGUCUCUCACAGUGUAGCAGUGUAUGUGGACUGUCCUGCUGGCUCUCUGUCCUUCUACAGAGUCUCCUCUGACUCACUGAUCCACCUCUACACCUUCAACACCACAUUCACUGAACCUCUGUAUCCUGGGUUCAGGUUCUGGUCGUUUGGUUCCUCAGUGUCUCUGUUCUUUUAA